AACCCCACUUUCUGGAACACCCCCCCUGUUUACCGAAUGACAAAACGCAUGUUAUUUUCGGUUUUGUUUUAAACAAAACCAAAGUUAACGUUUGUUGGCCUACGUUAUUUACCAACCAAUCGCAACGAUGUGGAGUCUAUGGUUCUGAGUCAUAACGACAUAAUACUUGUUUCAUUUAAUAAUAGGUCAGUCUUGACGUCGUCAUGCAUUCGGCUAGUGGACUAAUUUCCGGGGAUCAUACAAUUGUAUUCUUUGAUUUGGAGACUACUGGAUUAGACACAGCAGCAUGUGACAUCGCUCAGCUGUCUGCCAUCAGUGGAGGGAGAAGCUUCAACGUGUACACUCUCCCUCGCUGCAGCUUCUCAGAUGGAGCGUCCAGAGUCACUGGGCUCACUGUCCUCGACCACACCCUGCUUCUCCAUGGCCGACCAGUGCACACGCUGCCCCUCAGAGAGGCCCUCUCCUCCUUCAUCACCUUCCUACGGUCCUUCCAUCGACCCCUGCUGACAGCCCACAACGCCAAACGCUUUGACUGCCCCAUCUUAGCCAGGGCUCUGGAAGAAUGCGGCCUGAGGCAGGAGUUCCUUCAGGUGGAAUCUGGUUUCCUGGAUACCUUACAGAUGAGCAGGGAGCUGGCUCCCGGGCUGGUCAGGUACUCGCAGGUCUUCCUGGUUCAGGUUUUUCUCGGUAAGUCCUACGACGCCCAUAAUGCAAUAGAGGAUGUCAAAGCCCUGCAGGAGUUGUUUCACACCUGGAGACCCAGUGAAGAGAUGGUGCUCAGGUUCAAGUUCCCCCAGCAGAAGAUGUUACAUACUCCUAAUAGUGAGACCCUGACAGGGGCGCAGGUUUGAUUUUAAAUGUGGGUAGGACAGCCUUUUGGAUGCGGUCAUUAAAUGUAAUGUUGUAUGCAGUGUCUAUAAUGAAACCUAGAACCCUGGUCCUUGACUCGUGAAUUUGGUUAGACUACAGGAGGUCAAAGUGAAACAGACCAAAUGCUUUUGGUCUGUUGUCAAACAAGGGCUAACUAGUUUUCAAAAUUGUAUAUCGUUUUGUAUUAGAUAUUUUCACAUUUUUAACAGGAUUUGUAACACAAUUUGGUCAUGACACAUUGCUGUUCAAUCAUGUUGGCAUAUACAAAUGUACUUAAAUAAAAAACA